AUGUCUUCGUCACACCUUAACCUCAGUGCUGCCUCGGACGACCGAAAAGCCAGGCUCGCCAAGCUCAAGAACCUCAAGCGAAAGCAACCAGGCGACGAGAUCGUCGCGCCAGAGUCAGAGCGAGCCGCGUCUCCCCCCUCAGAACCCGAUGUAUCUCGAUUACACCUCUCCGGACGCAACUACGACCCAGAGACCCGGGGCCCAAAGCUCGGUUUCGAGCAGGAUCCAACACUCAGCCUCGAGAAGCCCACCCUCGAGGAGCAAGCCGCCGAAGUCGAGGCUGAGAUCAAGCAAAAGGCUGCUGAGGAGGCGCAGGACGAUAAGGGUAUCGACUUGUUCAAGUUGCAGCCCAAGAAGCCUAAUUGGGACCUGAAGCGGGAGCUGGAUAAGAAGAUGGAAGUGCUCAACGCCCGGACUGACAACGCUAUCGCGCGCUUGGUUCGCGAUCGGAUCACGGGGGCGCAAAAGGCUGCCUCCAAGACUAAGUCGGCCGACGGCGCUGAAGGCGACGGCGAAGCUGCCGGCAUGGACGGUGUGGCCUUGGUCGAGGGACUCAGAGUCAGGGAGAGGGAAGAAGCAGAGGAGGAGCGUCGCGAACGGGAAGAGGCUGCGCUAGGAGCAUGA